UGUAACAAUGGAAGAAAGCUGAAGUGCAAACAAUUAUUUUGUGAUAUUGCAUUAUGUGUUUGGCAUAUGCAUGUUUUCUGGCAUUAUUUUAACUUUUGAAAUAUCCAUGGUGUUAUAGUUAUUUUUGUUGCAUUUGAUAUAAUAUAUUUAACUUUGUUUUCUACUUUGGAAUCAACUACGCAAGAACUCUCAAAGAAUCGAAAGUCGUAUAAAAGAAUGAUGAAUUUCAAAGAAGCCUACUUGGACACAUGUUCAACAGUAGGUACCUUGGCACGAUGUGGAGACUUGUUGGGAAUGCAGAAUCUUGUUUGGAAUGGAAGACCAGUUGAUGUCAAGGAUAACCGAGGAUGGAGGCCGACUCACGAGGCAGCAGCUAAUGACCAUCCUGGCUGCCUCGAGUUCCUGCUGAGACAAGAAGCCACAGAUCUUAACUGGGAAACAUUUGAAAAGGAAACAGCCAUGUUGUUAGCUGCAAGAAAUGGUCACACCAGCUGUGUGAGACUUUUGCUUAAUUUCAAUGCUGAUCCCAAUCUGUGUACCAACGAAGGCUUCUCGCCACUUUGGGAAGCAUUAGUGGCACGAUCCAGAGACUGCAUCCGACUGUUAGUUAAACGAGGAGCUGAUGUGAACUGUAAGACAUAUACUGAUCACACACCACUCCACUUGGCAGCAGAGAAGGGAAACACGAAUAUUGUGGCUUAUUUUCUCAACCAUGAUGCUCGACUUGAUGUAUUCACUGAACCCCAUCUUAGUCCGAUUUUCGUAGCAGCCCAUGCUGGGCAGGUGGAUACUCUGAGGGUACUCCUGAAAGUGGCAUCAGACAGAGAUCAGCUUUUCCUUGUUAACGAGACUGCUAAAGAUAAUGCAUCUCCCCUGCUGAUAGCUGCCCAGGAGGGUCACGCUGAGUGUAUAGAACUGUUGCUCGACUGUGGGGCAGAUCCAAACAUUCAAGUCACAGAAACACAGGCGGCAGCACUGCAGUACGCCAUUUACAAAAACCAUUUACGCUGUGUCCAGUUGUUGCUUCCAGUCACAGAUCUCACCAAGGCAGCUGCAUGUUCCGAGGUAUUCAUGCAUCCACUCUUGUUGGCCCUCAAAUUGAAAGACACGAACAUUCUUCAAUUGUUAAUGGAUGCGGGCAUCGAGGCUAAUGUUUCUCUACCUCUCGACCCUGAAGAUCAUCCCUUGCUGGUGAAAUUUAUGCCAAAAUCCAUGCAAACAUUACGUGGAUCUCUGCUUUGUCACAUCGAAGAUGACUGGCCUGAACAGGGUGUGAGGUUGCUGUUGAAGUCAGGGUUAACACCAGACAGGCUGUCGGAACACGACGUUCCUCCUCUUAUUGCAAUGUUGUGUAAUGAAAAUCUCAGGUUCUGCAAACUGUUGCUGCAGUUUGGUGCUAACCCCAACGUCUAUCACAAGCAUGUGGUGGGGAACCUGGCAAUGAUAGUGGCGCUAGGAAACGACCUCUCUAUCAGAGAGGAGUGUCGGAAUGGUGGAGACAUCAAGUUAGAGAACUGGUUUGUCUGGCCUCUGUUGUUGGCUGGUGCGGAGACAGGGAGUCUUUUCUCUGGCAGGAUAGACCAGAACGGUCUCCACUCACCAGAAAUAUCAAUCCAGAAUUUAAUUGACGAAUAUCAUCCAUCCAAUUGUUUUACAGCAUUUUCAUCAAUUAUGUGUUUCUGCCAUUUUUUAGACAUUCCAAGUGAACUUUUGGAACAAUUUACAGAGAAACAGAGAAAGCACUUUAAAAAGAUAUCAGCAUCCACAUACACCUUGGCACAUGUCUGUCGGAAAACUAUUGUUUUGGAAUUGGCUAAGAAGAAAAACUACAAAAAGAAGAAGAUUGAAAGUCUUGGAGCAACAGUACCGGUGGCCGUCCAGGAAUAUCUCUUGUUUUCAGAAUUUGAACUGGUGGCACAAAACAUUUUACAAAUUAACAAUGCUAUUCUGUGACAGCAGUGUGUGUGUCAUCUUCUGCUACUGUGUUUCAAACAAGAGUUGGCCAUUUUCAUUGCAGUUUCACCUUAACCAUCAUGUGAUGUGGGUCUCAACUUGUUUGACUAUAGGUGUGAGGAUUUAUUAUCUAAGAUUAGUGAUGUUCUGAUUAAUCAAUUUGUCAAGCAUUGAGCGAUUGACCUAUUUGACCAGUUAAUGGAGUAUAAGAUUAUUGAUCAAGUAGAACUGGGUAUUAUGCAGAGAUUUAGCAUGGGGAUUUAGCUCAGUGGAUUGAGUGCUCAGGUGCUUGAGUCGCAGGAUCGAACCACCUCAGUGGAUUUGUUAACUGAUUGGGGUUUUUCUCGUUCCAUCCAGUGCACCACAACUGGUCAA